UCUUCCCUUUCCUUCUUUCCCUUUUCUUUCUUCCCUUUCCUUCCUUCCCUUUUCUUCCUUACCUUCCUUUCUUGUCUUUUCUUCCCUUCCUUCCUUCCCUUUCCUUCCUUCCCUUUCUUCAUUUCUUGAGUGUUUACCAGUUGUUUAAUAACCGGACACAUUACGAUAAAUUACAGUGUAUUUUUAAGGUAAUUAUAGGAGUUUUCUUCAUUGUUAGAUUUUCAUAUUGUUCCUUAGAUUUAUUAGUCUGUAUUUUUGCCCUGAUGUCGAAGCAGUCUUCCUCUACAGGAUGAUAAAUAUAUCUUUCACAGCCCUGUCAUACUCUACCAUUUUAUCGAAAUAAAUAUAAACUGUAGUACGAUGACUUGACUACCUUUCCUCAGGCUUGUUUCCUGGCUCUGGCUCUCUGCUCCUGCUCUGUGUCAGUGUGAGGCUCUCAGCUCUCCUGCCCUGGAUAUCGGAGCUGUCAGCCUCUUCAGAUAAAACCCAACAGCUGUGAGGCUCCUGACUAUUUAUAACUUUCAUUCACACUGUUCCCCCUCUCUCUCUCUCUCUCCUUCUCUCUUUCUCUCGUCUUCUCUCUGAUUUCCAUUGCUCUUUCUGGAUCUCUCCUUCUUCAUGACUGAAAGUUCUGGAGGGUGAAGAAGGCGAUAAGAGGAGGGUUUAAGAGUCCGUGACCAACCAGGCGAGCAGCAGAAGAACAACGGAUCAGUAAAAGAGAAGUUCUGAAAACAAACUAAGUGCAGAUCAGACCAGAAUGGCUUCGCUGUGUUAUAACAGAGGCUGCGGCGAAAGGUUUGAUGAGGAUAAGAACUCUGAUGAUGCCUGUUGUUUUCAUCCUGGAGUGCCUAUCUUUCAUGAUGCCCUGAAGGGCUGGUCAUGCUGUAAGAAGAGAACGACAGAUUUCUCAGAGUUUCUUUCGAUCAAGGGUUGUUCCCGUGGACGUCACAGUAACGUGAAGCCUGAAGAGCCACUGAAGCCCGAGUGCAAGUCUGAUAAAGGAGAGCGGAAUCUUCACAGCAGCGAGGAGAUCAUCUACCAGGGCCCAAAAUCUGCUGAGGCUCUGGAGAAAGAGCGACCUAGCUCUGAUGAGCCGAAGUCCAAGCUGAAAGUAAAGGUGUCUCCUUCUCUGGCUCAGAUCAUGGAGAAAAUGGAGAUCAGUGAAAGACAGAAGCAUGAGAAGCUCGACAGCAAGGUAGUCAUCCUGGGGACAAAGUGCAAAAACUCAGGAUGCAAAACAUUGUACCAGGGUCCAGAGACAGAUGCAGAGGUUUGCACACAUCACCCUGGAGCACCAGUCUUUCAUGAAGGAUACAAAUACUGGAGCUGCUGCUGCAUAAAGACCAUCGACUUUAACGCUUUCCUGGAUCAGAAAGGCUGUACUACAGGCAAACACUGCUGGGUCCAAAAACAGGAUAAGAAGAAGGUGGCAUGUCGACAUGACUGGCACCAGACGGGCAACCAGGUGGUGGUCACUAUCUAUGCCAAGAACACCAACCCUGAGCAUUCCUAUGUGGAGGCCAACCGCACUGCGCUGACGUGUCAUAUCCAGUUUGAGAACGACAAGGUGUUUCACAAGGACUUCUAUCUGUGGGGGGUAGUUGAUGUGAAGAACAGCUUGGUCAACAUGGUGCCUUCUAAAGUCGAAGUGACCCUAAAGAAGGCUGAUGCUGUGGCUUGGGGAAAACUGGAGGACUCAAAACACAAACCCGAACCUGAGGUCACAGAAGACGUCGCCUCCACAGAGCCAGAGAUGAAAGCUGAGGAAAAACCAGACUGGUACAUCUCAGACGAUGACAUCAGUGAGUCAGACUGGGAGGACGAUGAAGAUGACAAGGAGGAGGUUAAGAAAGAGGAAGAGCAGGAUGUGGACGGUCCUCCUUUGCUGGAGGAACCUAAACCUGUACCUCCAAAGAAUUAGAGGCCAAUUCAUCUUCACGGGGAUCGUUUUUACACAACAUGACAGUAGAGGUUAGAUGGGCAUGAUAGUGUUUGGUGAUAAAUUCAUUUGAAUUUGUUAUACUGUUAUCACUGCAAUAUAGUGAUAUAAAGAAUGAGUGAAAAGUAUUCAUCUCAGGUACUCCACAUUUCUGCAACAUUUUCAGACAUAAUCUUAUCACCCAGGAGUUGGUUAUUUUCCAAAAGCAGCAUAUUCCUAAAUGAUUUAUUUCUCCAACACCAGAGCAAUUAUAAUUUAUUAAUGAACCUCAUUACGCUUUUAAUCCCUUUAUACUUGCAGUUAAAAUUGCUCAAUGCCCAACAGGCAAGUUGUCUCUGAACUAUAAACAGUUUUUUUCCCUCACCAGCCUCUUUUAUUCUCUCUUAAUAAGAAAAAAGAAAGUGCAGUGUGUCGUGUUGGCAAGAAACACAAACUCCUCAGUCCUGAAGACUCUCUUGUGGUGGAAAAUGUUCUGGUUGUUAAAACAUGUUCAUGCCCCCUUGUCUAUUUCCAUAAAUAAACAUCUAACAGAAAACGACACUUUCCAGAUUAUCAUUUUUUUAAGUAGUGUUUUCGAAGUACGUUUAUUAUUAGCCUUAGCUUAUGUAGCUCGUCC